AUGCCCGAGGGUCCAACAACAGAUCCACCUGCGAAUAUCACUGAUGAAGAUAAAAAGUCAGCGCGCAAGAGCUUGGACUAUUCGGUGGAUCCUGUACACAUGUUAGGCGACGAUGUUGCCACGGGCGACAUCAUAUCUUCCUCUGACUAUACCGAGGACGAGUACAAGGCGUUAACCAAUAAGAUCGAUCGAUUUCUUAUGCCUAUGAUGUUCUUUUUCUACGGUAUCCAGCAAACCGACAAGACCUCCACCGGUGUUCAAGCACUUUUCGGAAUGGAAACCGAUCUCGCGCUUCACGGCCAGCAAUACCAAUGGUUAACGACAAUUUUCUAUUUGACCUAUCUCAUCGGAGAAUUCCCUUCCGUCUAUCUCCUGCAGAAGUUCAAGCCCGGCCGAGUCCUCUCGAUCUACAUCACAUGCUGGGGCAUCUGCCUCAUAUGUACCAGCGCAGCACAGACCUGGUCGCAGCUCAUGGCCAUGCGAGCUCUUCAGGGCUUCUUUGAAAGCAACAUAUCCCCGGGCUUCCUUCUCCUAACAGGAACUUGGUACCGGACUGAGGAGCACGCCAACAGGUCGCUUUUCUGGCAGUCCUCGGAGGGAUUCUUCUCCAUCGUCUGUAAUCUCAUGCUGUAUGGGAUUGCUCGCUAUGCAGAGGCCCAUGGGGGAAUUGCGGCAUGGCGUUGCAUUUCCUUGUUCCUGGGGUCUUUGACCCUUGCUGGGGCCGUUGCCGCUUUUCUUCUCCUGGGGACACCCCAUGAAGUUCGCUGGCUCAACGAGAAGGAGAAGCGGAUGGCGACGGCGCGAACGAUCGAUAACCAAAUCGCUCAAGACACUGUCGGCAAGAAGUGGGACUGGGAUCAAGUGGUCGAAGCGUUUCAAGAUCCUCAGCUUUACUUCUCUUUUGUGAAUUCGUUCCUGGCGGAUAUGCCCAACGGAGGCAUCACGACGUUCAACUCUCUUAUAUAUGAGACGUUCGGGUUUAGUGACUGGGAGUCGAUGCUUUACGGGUGUCCUCGCCAGGCCGUCUACGUUGUUGUCUUUCUAGCCGUUGCCUUUUAUACCCGGAAAGUCAAAAAUCAAAGGAUGUGGGUGAUGAUUGCCAGCACCAUAAUUCCUUUCGUCAGUCUCCUGGUGAUGUCCCUCCUUCCGAAUACACCAGAAUAUAAGUGGACGAAAUGGGGCAUGUACCUCAUGACGGCCGUAUUCUCCCUGGCCAUCUUUCUUGGCUGGAGUUUGAUUCCAUCCAACGUCGCCGGCAAGACCAAGCAAUCCGUGAUCUCCUCAAUGACAAUGAUCGGCUAUUGUGUGGGAAACAUGGGCGGAGCUCAAAUCUUCAAGACCAAAGAUGCUCCCCGAUAUGUAUCGGGCACGGUCGCAUGUUCCAUCUGCUUUGCGCUCGAAGCACUUGUGAUUCUUGCCUGGCGCCUGUGGUACAUGCGCGAGAACAGACGUCGAGACCGUCUUGCGGCUGCGAGUGGACUGUCCAAAGAGGAACAAGAAAUCAAGGGGCGGGAGCUGGGAGAGAACGAUGUAACGGAUCUGAAGAAUCCGUACUUCCGCUACACGAUGUAA